GCAACCGGCGCUAGGGUGGCGGCCUGGGCCUCUCCUCGCCGUCCCGCCGCCGCCCUGCGGCUCGUCCGCCCCUCUCGGCGCGGAGCCCGUUCCUGUGCGUGAGGUACCGGCCCCGGCAAGGCGGUGCCGCGCAGGCCCCGCUUGACUCACCGACCCUGCGCUGCCCUGAGGAGCGCGGAGCUGUGGGCGGCCCUGGCUGUGCUUAAUCCAGUUUACGCGGUAUCGGCGCUCUGUGGAAAAAGACAGCUAUUCCCUCAGCUUUCCUUCAGACUGCCUGGGAGACGCUCCGGAGUCGUGCUGCCUCGCCCUGCCGCUGCUUCAGGGCUUUCAAGGCUCGUCCGUCUUGUCACGUCUCAGUCAGGUCGAGCUGCUGAGGUGUAAACUGCUUAUAGUUUUCGCAGUAGAGCAAAUAAACAAGGAUACUUCAACCCGUUUAGUGCAGUUCACUGUCACACAGAUCCAGCCAUGCCUGCAGAAAGGAAAAGUGAUAUGGAGAGGAUUGGCCUCUUCAGUGAAAUGAGUUAUGUUACCAUUGGAGAUAAAUAUACAUCACAUUAUAUGCGCCCUUUUAAUGAAGCUGCGAGCAAGAACAGACAGAUGUUACCUGGGGGAACCAAAGCAUUUUCAGCUCUGCAGACAGGUUAUUUUGAGCCUCGGUUUGUGAGGAUUUUCAAUGGUGAAGCUUACUCAAAUCCUGUUCAGCUGAGGAGACGCUACAGAAUGGCAGAAUCAAAGAAAAAUUUGGGCAAAGCUUUCCUUCCCAGUAAUGGAGACAAAUUGCCAUGCGGACUUGGCAGCUUUUAUGGAACCAUAGGAGGUUCAUAUACAUACUUCAGUCCACAGCUGAAAGCCAAAGAAAGAUACAUUCCUCCCGGGAAGAAUUUUUAUACUAAUCCAGGAAAGAAAGGAACUGGAUAUGGUUAUGCAAACAUUACCAUAGGUGAACAAUAUCCACAUGAACCUGAUGGGUAUGAAGUAGAAAGAAUAAAUGCAAAGAAAGCACAAGAGGAACAUAAACGGCUUGUUAAAGGAGGGCCUUUCAAAUUAAAACUGUAUCCCCAGGAAUAUUUUGAUGUGAAUCCCUAUUUUAAUGACAAACCUUUGCCACCUGUGAAGAAACCACCUCCAAAGAAGCCAAUUGUACCACCUUUCAAACCAAGUUCUCCUGCUAAAAAGUCAGGGGGCAUGAAAGGAGGCACAUUUGAUCCUUACCCAAGCCAUUCUGCUGACCCUUAUGUAACUGAAAAAUCUAAGGCUGUCAAAACUAAUAAAGAACGACGGAUUUUUCAUCCUCCUCCUGGACCAAAAAGCAGACCUGUGACAAGCAUAAUAACUCUAAAUGUCACAAGGUCAUUAAAUGUAAAGAACUACAAGACUGCACAGCUGAGAUCUUACUAGGUACAAACGGCAAAAAGAAGGGUGCACUUCUUAGACUAAACGGUUAACAAGGCAAACAAAAAUGUGAAAAAUGGAAUUCAAGUAUAGAGGGCAAUUCAAUCUGUUUAAUGAUUGAGAAUGCAAUCUUUUGUUUCUAAAUAUAAAGCUAUAAUAAAUAAUUUAAGAUAAUUUAUUUAUUCAGUCCAAGUUUGUAUUUUUAUUUAUAUUUUCAUCUUAUUGCUUAGCUGGACUUUUGAAAUUUACUUUUAGAAAACAUACUUUCUAAUGAGUAAUUUGGAUUGCAAUGUGACUAUAUAUUGCAGUGGAAGAAAUUGCGUAUCUUUUAAAGUGAGUAUCAGUGUAUGCAUUAACCAAGUUAGUUAUGUGGCCCACAGUGAAACUAAAGUCAUCAUUUCCCUUUAGUAGAAUUACAACUUGUACUGUAUUUCAACUAUGAUUUUUUAAAGAAUUGUCUGAAAAUUAUAAGAUUUUUAGGUUUUAUGACCUUCUCAAAAUGACCAAUAUCAAGCAUUGAUCAAAACCAGACCACAAGCAGGCUGUUAGGAAGAGUCACCUCUAUUUACCGGCAUCUGUUACUGCUCUUCCUCAAUUUCCUGACAAAUCUAAGUGCUGCCAUGUUCUCCAAGAACAGCUUAAUUUCACUUUGUGUACGUGGAAGGUUCCUAACAAAUCUGAUCUGUCUUUCAAACUAGCUUCUUCUCAGAUGGAACUGUGACCUUAAAUGUACGCUUUACCUCCAUCUUAAUUUUUGUCAGGUUUUUGUACGUGGUCCAAUAAAUUUGUUCAUGCAAAUCAAAACUGAUUUAUUA